ACUGCAGACAUGAUAUGUGAGAUGGUUAGACUGCAGACAUGAUACAGGAAAUGGUCAGAGGCUGCGGACACAAUACAAAAGAUGGUCAGAGACUGUAGACACAAUACAAGAGAUGGUCAAGGACUGCAGACAUGCUAUGUGACAUGGUCAGAGAGACACAAUACAAGAGAUGGCUAAGAACUGCAGACAUGCUACGUGACAUGGUCAGAGACUGCAGACAUGAUACAAGAGAUGAUCAGACACUGUGGACACACUACAGUAGACAGUCAGAGACUGAGACAUUAUACACGAGA